AUGAAUAGACAAGUUCUGCCACUGGAUUUAUAUUUUCAGGUUCUUUUAAUUAAGACGUAUUUAUUUAACUCGCCGAACACCUAUCCUGUUUAUUAUGUUUUUUUAAUUCGUUAUUAUUUCUUCACUUUUUUCUUUGUCGUUUCUUUUAAUUAUCAUGUUUUGUUCUUUGCUUUUUUUCAUUUUUUUCUAACUUGUCUUUCUUCUUCGUCGUUUUUACUUCUUUCUCUCAUUUUGUUUUCAACAUCACCGAAUUUUAACUUCUUUUUUUUUAUUGUUUACUUAUUCGACAUUUCUUCUACUUCAUUUUUUUUUCUUCAUCUUUAUAUUUUCUUCUUUUUCGUCUUUUCUUCUUCCUUGAUUUUUCCUAUUCAUCUCCUUUUCUUCUCCUAUUUUUCUUCUGGAAAAUCCUUCUCCGUCUCUCGAACGAUAUUCUUCUUCGGCUUUUUUUUAUCCAUACACUCUUCUGGGGCUGGAGGUCCAAAGUGUCAUUUUAUAUCUAACGUUACUUUCAUAUUAAAAGGGUUUUCUCUUUCUUUUAUAUUGUGUGUUAAUCAAAAUACGGGCGUCCUUUGCGCAUCAGCGCGACGCCCCAAGCAACACGACUUUGAAAUGCCCUUCCCCUCCCUUUUUUUCUUUCUUUCUUUCUUUCUUUCUUUCUUUCUUUCUUCUUUUCUUUUCUUUUCUUUUCUUUUCUUUUCUUUCUAA